CUCCCCUCAGCUACAGAGAGAGACGUCCGGUUACUGAGAAAUGAAACUGAAACUUGAAAAAAGUAGAGAGGAAAUGAAAAGGUACGCCUACCGCUGAGGUAAUUAUUAAGAAACGUGCCAUUGUAAAAUAAUUUGUCAAAAUAACAAAGUUUCAAAGGAAAUGAGCUAAUUUCAACCGAACCUUCUUAUUUUGUCCAGAUUCGUUGCAAAGUUUACGGAUGACAGUAUGUGCAGUACGUGAAGGCAUCACCAGCCCUAGCAACCAGACAGCAGGGCUUCAGUGUACCAUAGCAACCAUGGAGGACGAGCUUUCGAUGAUAGAUGAAAAAGGCAAAGAGGUCACCAAAGAACAAAAAGAGCACCUCUACAACCGAAUCGAAGAGCUUAAUUGUUUACUUCCGCCCAAGACGUGUCAAUGCAGCCCUCCUGGCAGAGAAUGACAUGUUCGAGCGGUUCAUCUGCCGCAUGGAUCCUCAGGACCUGUUGUCCCAGUCUGGUGAAGACAGUCUGGAGGCAGCAGGAGCCUCCCAGCUGGAGGGUGGGGGUCGCGGACGAACGCGGAGGUCCCGGUCCAGCAUAUCAGAUCGCCUUCAUCAGCUGACCUUGGAACAAAAACUCUAUGUGGCACAGCGAGAAGUACAAGAGACACUGCAAGACCAGGAGAAACUCAAACAGAGACAUGAGAGGAUUCAGGACAACUACAAGGCCUCCCUGAAAGAGGCUGAAUUGCGUCUUGCAGAUAUCCGGAAGGCUAAGAAAGAGUUUGAACGCAGACUCCUCAAACCUAUGAAGGAAAACCGGUUGGAAGUGAAAGAGCCAGAGAGGGUGCUCCAGUACAUCAGAGACAAGUCAAUGGACGCCCAGUUGGAGAAGUUUAAUCUGAAGAACCGCGCACUGAAGGUCCAUGAGAAGAAGCUCCAGCAGCAGCUUCAACAGACAAGAACCCAAAAAGAUAUAGGCACAGCAGAGUUCAAGGACGUUUUCCAGGAUUUUAGUGAGCAGAGAAUCCACCAAAACCUGGAUGAACUUCAAGUCAACAAUUUGAAAGUGCAACUUGUCCUCAGUUCACACAAGGAGAAGCUUCAGAAAGUGACACGGGAGUCCGCAGAGCUGAGCAGUGAUAUCAGCAACAGGAAGCAGAUGCUGGCAAAAAUUGAGGGGGAGAUGCAGCGUGCUGAGGAGGAGCGUUUGAAGGCAGAAGCUUUCAACCGACACCUGCGCCGUCAGAUGACAGAUUAUCAGGCUCCUGAUAUCACUGAGUACAUGCGUGUCAAGGACAGGCACAAGAAGCUGCAGCAGAGCGUUCACACUUGGGAGAGGAAGGUUGGGAUUGCUCAGAUGGCCUUGAGGAGCCACGCUAAAGCCCGGAGCACACAGAGAACCACUCUCACUCCUGCGAACAGUGCUGAGGCUGGAGCCCGAUCUAAGGAACGCCAAGUCUCAGGAAAGCUCCCAUACAUAGCAGAACACAGCGCAUAGAGGGAUAGAGAAUCAGAAAAAGACUACUGAAGUCAUUUAUGAGAGGUGGGAAAUGUGGAGAAAAAGCAAUAAAGCUUUUUUGACUCGUACA